AGUGCGGAACUGAAGCAAAUGGUGAUGAGCCUGCGGGUGUCGGAGCUGCAGGUGCUGCUGGGCUACGCUGGGCGCAACAAGCACGGACGCAAGCAUGAGCUGCUGACCAAGGCCCUGCAUCUCUUGAAAGUUGGCUGCAGCCCCGCCGUGCACAUGAAGAUCAAAGAGCUCUACCGAAGACGGUUCCCUGCCAAAAUGGUCUCCCACUCAGAACUGGCUCUGCCCGGGCCGCACCACCCGGCCUCGGUCGGGGUGGUCGGGGGAGGAGGUGCCGCGCUGCCUGCUGGCCUGACACAGCUGGCGUAUGAGGGACACGCUGGACACGGCGGCGCCCCGUCGCCGGCCGCCUUACUGCCCCUCUCGCUGCUUGGCCCGGGGAAACAUGAGCUGAGCGGGCUGACACACCACCUGCCCACCUCGGCCACRCUGCAUCCAGUCCACCCGGACGUCAAGCUGCAGAGGCUGCCCUUCUACGACAUGCUGGAUGAGCUCAUCAAGCCGACCAGUCUAGCUUCAGACACCAGCCAGCGGUUUCAGGAGACGUGUUUUGCCUUCGCGUUAACGCCGCAGCAGGUUCAGCAAAUCAGCAGCUCAAUGGACAUCUCUGGGACCAAAUGUGACUUCUCCGUUCAAGUUCAGUUGCGGUUUUGCCUGUCGGAGACGAGCUGUCCUCAGGAAGACCAUUUUCCUCCCAAUCUGUGUGUGAAAGUCAACGGGAAGCCGUGUAACCUGCCGGGUUAUCUUCCUCCAACCAAAAAUGGCGUUGAGCCCAAGCGACCCAGCCGGCCCAUCAACAUUACCUCACUGGUCAGAUUGUCCACCACAGUCCCCAACACCAUCGUGGUCUCGUGGACAGCUGAGAUUGGACGGAGUUACUCCAUGGCGGUGUACUUGGUGAAGCAGCAGUCAUCCACAGUGCUGCUGCAGAGACUACGAGCAAAAGGCAUCAGAAACCCGGACCACUCCAGAGCUCUCAUCAAAGAGAAGCUAACAGCAGACCCCGACAGUGAGAUAGCCACAACCAGCCUGCGAGUGUCUCUGCUCUGCCCGCUGGGGAAGAUGCGACUGAUGAUCCCGUGCCGGGCGCUGACGUGCUCCCAUCUGCAGUGCUUCGACGCCACGCUCUACAUCCAGAUGAACGAGAAGAAGCCCACCUGGGUGUGUCCCGUCUGUGACAAGAAGGCUCCCUACGAGUACCUCAUCAUCGACGGACUUUUUGUGGAGAUCCUCAACAGCUGCAUGGACUGUGAUGAGAUCCAGUUUAAAGAGGAUGGCAGCUGGGCCCCCAUGAGGUCUAAGAAGGAAGUGCAGGAAGUCUCUUCAGCCUCUUAUAACAAUGGCCUGGAUGGUUCCUGUCGGACAUCUGAAGACUCAGCUCAGAGGAGCUCCUCCUCCGGCCACGGCGACAGCAGCAACGGCAAGAAAGUGGAAGUGAUCGACUUGACGCUGGACAGCUCCUCGGAGGACGAAGGACCGGAGUCGCCAGCUCCUCCGCAGCCUCCACCUCUCCCGCCUCCUAUCAAAAGAGCGUGUCCGUCUUUGUCCCCGAACUCGCCUCCCAUCGUCAACAAAGGCAGUGUAUUGAACCUGCACCACCAGGCCUCACCUGUGAGCCGCACCCCCAGCAUGCCAGCUAUGGAUUCCAGCUACAUCCCUCCAGUCCCCCCACUCAUCCAGGACUAUAGACCCUACUACCACACCCCCAAUGACCUAUCAGAGUUGAAUUUCUUCUCUUUUCUUCAAGGAGACAAUCAUCAGCAUUACAACAUGGUCAUGGCAGCAGCAGCUGCCGCCUCCAGCUCGGACGACCACGAGCUGCUCCUCAACCGCUUCAUGCCCUACAGCACCUCCUCGUCUGCCUCCCAGCUGUUCCUCGACCAAUCGGGAGCCGCCUCAGCCACGUCGCUGACCGUGCCGACCAACGGGGUGAGCAACUCAGCCAGCGGCCUGGUGUCGGCCAGCGGCCUCCGAGACGCUCAUUCCGUCCACUUGUCCUCGCACGCCGGCUCGCACUCCUCACACACGCAUCCCGGCAUGGUGGCCAGCAGGAGCAGCGCCGAGGCGGCGGUGGCGGCCAUCUACGGCGGGAUCCCUGACGUCAUAUCGCUGGACUGACCCGAGGCGAGUCGGAGCGCCCUCGGCUCGACUUAAACGCAGUAACAAACCCAAUCACACGCAGACCGCAGGGCGAGGCUUUGAUCCAGAAACUAGACUGGCCCCUGAGCCUGCCUGGAGAUGAGCACUAAUUAAACCACGGGCUGACUUCAMUUUGAAGGGGACAGCUGUGGACGUUGUGUUGUCCUCAGACCAGACGACUUGUCCCGCCUGUGAAGCCCACGCCAACUUCUUUCCUCUCACCAACUCUGCACAAACAGCGAGGAUGCUACCUGAGCUCAAACACAAGGUUGGAAGGUUCUUUUUCUAAACAAAACCCAGGAGUGGCACCAUGUACAGAGAACAAAAUCUAUUUUCCUCUUUUACUUUUGUAUGUUUGAARCAUUUUCAGUCUGGUGAGCUGCUUCAGAGUCGUUUCUAUACAGAGGACUGAGUAGGGUCUUUUUUCUUUCCUCUCACUAAACGCCUGUCGCCAUGUUGUCCUCUCCUCUGAGCUCCAGUCCAGUUUCAUCUCUCUGGCAUUAAUUUCCAUUCUCUUUCCUUGUUCUCUCCUGCUGAAGCUCAUGCUCAGAAUUGUAUUUGUUCAAUGACACGGACUUCUCAGUUGCUGAAUUUGCAGUUUAAUCUGUGCUGGUAAUUUUAUUCUGCUUCUAAGUUAUGUAUUCUAUUUAAACAGGUAUAUAUGCAUUCCCUUUGACCUUCAGGUUGAUACUGUGGUCAGUGUGCAGGCAGAAAAACUACCUUUUUUUUCUGCCAUUCUCACUCCUUGUAAAAACUCUGCCGUCAUACAGCUUUUAUGAAAUGAAACUAUUUAUAUUUGCCAAUUUAGAGUUUUAGCUGGAGGUGUUUUUGUUUUUUGUUUUUUUGUUUAUUUUUUUUUGCACAAAGCCAAAAAAACAGGUACUUAUGAAAGAGAUCAUAAGAAUCA